AUGGGUCUCUCGUUCAUUCAUGGCAUCGCUGUAGGAAUAGUAUUUACAUUUAUCAUACUAUUCACUAAAUUCUACCAUCCCUCACCAUCCGUAUCUUACUCUACCAACAACAUCACCAAUCGAACCUCAGAUUUGCAUCAUGUUACUAAUAUUUCAUAUGAAGGCUAUCAAUUUUUCGUAUUUUCUCAUGAAUCUCCCAUGGUUCGUGCAUAUCUUGACGUCGUUCGGGAUACUGUGUGUGGCUUAGCUCUUCGCACACGAGAACGUGCCUACAGUUUUGAUAGUCAAGUGCGCCCAAUGGUUAUUAGCCAACGCAUAAAAGGUUUAGAUUGGCCACUAACUGGCAUUACUAUGGUUGGACAGAGACGACUGAUAAAUAUCGAAUGGGCUAUCAGAUUCGUUAUUGCAAAUGAUGUGAUGGGCGAUUUUAUUGAAUGUGGUGUUUGGAGAGGUGGAAGUUCAGUGUUCGCUCGUGCUAUACUAAAAGCUUUGAAUAAUAAUGAUAGACAUGUGUGGGUAGCUGAUUCAUUUCAAGGACUACCAAAAGCGAGAACGCCAAAUGAUCAUGAUCAUUGGUCGAAAAUGGAAUAUUUAAAGAGACGAUUGAUAAAUAUCGAAUGGGCUAUCAGAUUCGUUAUUGCAAAUAAUGUGAUGGGCGAUUUUAUUGAAUGUGGUGUUUGGAGAGGUGGAAGUUCAGUGUUCGCUCGUGCUAUACUAAAAGCUUUGAAUAAUAAUGAUAGACAUGUGUGGUUAGCUGAUUCAUUUCAAGGACUACCAAAAGCGAGAACGCCAAAUGAUCAUGAUCAUUGGUCGAAAAUGGAAUAUUUAAAGGUAUCACUUGAAGAAGUUCAGACAAAUUUUCGGUCAUUUAAUUUACUCGACGAUCGUGUUCAUUUUUGUAAAGGAUAUUUCGUUGAUUCCCUUCCACGCUGUAAUGUUUCUCGAAUAGCUGUUUUUCGAAUGGAUGGCGACAUGUACGAAUCGACUAUGGAUCAACUCUUUAAUUUAUAUUCAAAAUUACAGAUCGGUGGCGUUAUUAUCAUCGAUGAUUAUACAAUUUCAGAUUGCUUUCGAGCUAUAGUCGAUUUUCGAAAGUGGCAUAAUAUAACAGAAGAGAUUCUAUCUAUUCCAGGCGAUGUAGCAGGCCGGUGUUGGAUAAAAAGAAAAAGCAUUCAAUUACAAAUGGAACAAUAUUUACGAUUACUACCAACGACAAAAAGCUGA